GGGCAGCGCGCCGCGGGGAUGGAGACGGGCGCCCCCCGCAAGCCCUGCUGCCGGCGUGCGCUCACGGGACCCCUUGGGGAGCGUUUCUUCCUCCUCCUCCUCCUCCUGCUGCUGCUGCUCCCCGGCCCCGCGGCCGCCUCCGAGGCACCAGGGCUGCCACUGCACGGAGAACUGGUCACCCCUCACUGGCUUCUGAGAGGACGCAGCAGGCGAGCUGUCAGCGUGGCCGAAAAGGUGCCAGCGCCCGCCACGGGGGAUGUGGCCGUGACCGCUGAGGGCAGGGAGCUCAUCCUGGCACUGGAAAGGAACCACAGGCUGCUGUCGCCGGACUACACCGAGACGCACUACACAGCCGGCGGGCAGCCGGUGACGCUGUCUCCCAACUACACCGAUCACUGUUAUUACCACGGCCACGUGCGAGGGUACCAGGGCUCCUGGGUGGUUCUCAGCACCUGCUCGGGGAUCAGCGGCCUGAUAGUGCUGAAUGCCAACGACAGCUACUACUUGAAACCCCUGGGGACCCCGGAACCUGAGCAUCACAUCCUCUAUAGGGCAGAGCACUUGCCAGUCGAAGGCGGGACUUGUGGGCAUAGCGGCCUGUUAGGAAGCAGUAUAGCUGACAUUGCCAGACUCGUCAGGCCGGUACAUCGGCGGGCAAAGAGAGACACCUGGAGGACCCUGAAGUACAUGGAGCUGUUCAUUGUCGCCGAUUACACCCUGUUCCUCAAACAGAAUCGCAACCUGGGCCAAACGAAGCAGCGGAUCCUGGAGAUCGCCAACUACGUGGACAAGUUUUACAGGUCUCUGAAUAUCAAAGUGGCCCUCGUUGGCCUGGAAGUGUGGACGGAGAGGGACCAGUGCACGGUCACCAGUGACGCCAACGCCACCCUGUGGUCCUUCCUGCAGUGGAAGAAGGCGCUGAGGUCUCGGAAGAAACACGACAAUGCCCAGCUGCUGACCGGCGGGACCUUCCGAGGGACGACCAUUGGGAUGGCCCCGCUGGAGGGGAUGUGCAGCGCAGAGAACUCGGGAGGUGUGAGCGCGGACCACUCGGACCUGCCGAUCGGAGCCGCCGCCACCAUGGCUCACGAAAUCGGGCACAACUUCGGCAUGAGCCAUGACAGUGAGGGCUGCUGCGUGGAGGCCACCCCGGCUCAAGGAGGCUGUGUCAUGGCCGCUGCCACUGGUCACCCGUUCCCUCGUGUGUUCAGCUUUUGUAGCAAGAGACAGCUGGAGAGUUACUUCCACAAGGGAGGCGGGAUGUGUCUCUUCAACAUGCCCAGCACCAAAGACCUGGUGGUGGGCAAGAAGUGUGGAAAUGGCUUCCUGGAGGACGGGGAGGAGUGCGACUGUGGGGAGCUGGGGGAGUGCACCAACCCCUGCUGCAACGCACACAACUGCACGCUGAAGGCCGGAGCCCAGUGCGCCCACGGGGACUGCUGUCAGAGCUGCCAGCUGAAGACAGCUGGGACCAUGUGCAGGGAGCCGGCCGGAUCCUGCGACCUCCCUGAAUACUGCACGGGGGCCUCGCCCUACUGCCCCGGCAACGUGUACCUGCUGGAUGGCUCGGCCUGCGCCGGCGGGGAGGCGUACUGCAGCAACGGCAUGUGCCUGACUCAUCACCAACAGUGCGUGCAGCUCUGGGGCCCAGGCGCCUGGCCGGCUCCCGAUGCCUGUUUCCAAGAUGUCAACACGGCCGGCGACACGUAUGGGAACUGCGGCAAGGACAGCCAGGGGCAUUACGUGAAAUGUGACCGGAGAGACGCCAAGUGCGGCAAGAUCCAGUGCCAGAGCUCGGCCAGGAAACCCAAGGGGACCAACACCGUCUCCAUGGACACCACCAUCCGCUUUAACGGGCGGGAGGUGAAAUGCAGAGGCACCUUCAUGUACGCCACCAAGGAUGACGAGGGGGACCUGUCGGACCCCGGCCUGGUGAUGACAGGGACCAAAUGCGGGGAUGGGAUGGUUUGUAACAGCAACAAGAACUGCCACUGCAACGCCGGCUGGGCCCCCCCGUACUGCGAGAAGCCAGGCCUGGGGGGCAGCGUGGACAGCGGCCCCGUGCAACACGACAACCAUGAAGCCAUCUUGAUAGCCAUGCUGGUCAUCUUCCUGCUGAUCCUCCCCGCCACAGCUUUGGGGAUCUACUGGUGCUACAGACGGAAGAACUCGCUCCUGAGCAAAUGGAUAAAGAGCACGAGGAAGAGCCAGGAGACGGGCAGGAACGGCGCCAUCCAUCAGAAGGGAAACGGGGGCCAUUCGAACGCGGCUUUCACCUUGCAGGAUGUUUCCUCCUCUGGUAAAGCUGCGAACAGCACUAACAAAACAGCCAGGGGCAUCUUCCCCCUCAAGCCGAACGGUUCCCAGCCCGUCAGCAUUGUCCACCCCCUUCGCCCGGCUCCCAGCCCAGCCGCUCAGCCCCACCGAGACCUCAAGCCAUCCAGGCCGCCGCCUCCUGGCGGCAAAUCCCCCGUCAUUCCGGCCAAAAGGAUCAGCUCCCAACCCAAGCUGCUGCCUCCAAAGAAGCCUCUUCCCAGCAGCCCCGUGAGGACCCCUGUGAUCGUCCCAAAGCACGGACCCCCUCGCCGGCCUCUGCCUGGGAGCCCUCUCCUGGCCAAAACACCUCCCUCGGCACCGGGACGGACCCUGCUGGUCACGGUCCCUCCCACCAACUUCAAGGCGGCAGGGGCCAGCUCUGCCAGGUACCUAACCAAGCCCGUCCCGGGGUUCAAAGUCCAGUCCGCCUCCAUCCCCUUUAAGAAAUGACAAACGUGGACAAAGCAAGAGGAAUGUGCUCCCCGAACUGGUUCUCCUCAUUUGCACUACUGCGGGCGACGGGGCUCUUUUGGAUACCAAAGGACUAUUUUUAUACGAGGGAAAAUGUUUCUGCACAUAGGGGGGAGGGUGCGGGGGAGGGGAAAGC